UAUUCUCCUGUAUUCUCCUGCAACUCUUGUCUCCUGUGUAUGGGUGAACACAUGUUAAAAGAAAGCUUUCUCCUGACCCAACUUUUAUUCUAAAGAAUGUGCAUGAAAACAAAACAUUAAAGUGAAAAAAUCUUAAAUCAAAGAACUUCAUCUGAAUACCGUGUCUAAAACAUUUCACGUGAAGUAUAUUUCUAAACUGUUCAAAAUGUCGGAGGAUGGUGGUGGAUGUUUUGGGUUUAAGAAGAAAACUGUUGUCAUGUCCUGUAUAGCUUUAUGUUGUUUGAGUCUUGUAGCCUGGACUAUACUUGUAACAGCACAUACUACUGUAGUUCCAUUAAACUCUGGUGGAAACUCCUCUGCACUUAACUCUACUCUCAACUCUACUCUUUGUACCUUUAACUCUAGUGUUAAACUGGAACAGGUUAAAAUGGUUCUAUUAAAAGAAAACUCUACAUCAAUUUCAAGAAAAAAUUUAAUUCAAAAAUCUGAUGGUGCUACUAUUCCACUCUGCAAAUGUCUCUGCAGAUUGAAUAUAACUGAAGAACUGCUACUGGAAGCCGUCAAGUUCCUGAAGUUAAAUAGCACAGCUCCUAUUGCAGGACCCAACAAAAAACUGACAGACAAGGUCGGGGUUAAAGAGGAUGCUCAAGAACUUGGAGGUGGUGGUGAAGCAGGAGCAAGUUCUGGAGGUGUAAACAUCAAUAUUGCUUCAGAUGCAGAUAUUCAGACAUACUCUGGGAAUUAGAAGUUAUUCCCGUUAAAGCCCUCAAGAGGCAUUACAAUAUUUUCAAUAUGGACAUUAGAAGUUAUUCCCGUUAAAGCUCCCAAGAGGCAUUACAAUAUUUUCAAUAUGAACAUUAGAAGUUAUUUCUGUUAAAGCUCCCAAGGGGCAUUACAAUAUUUUCAAUAUGGACAUUAGAAUUUAUUCCCAUUAAAGCCCCCAAGAGGCAUUACAAUAUUUUCAAUAUGGCCAUUAGAAGUUAUUCCCGUUAAAGCUCCUAAGGGCAUUACAAUAUUUUCAAUAUGGACAUUAGAAUUUAUUCCCAUUAAAGCCCCCAAGAGGCAUUACAAUAUUUGCAAUAUGGACAUUAGAAGUUAUUCCCAUUAAUGCUCCCAAGAGGCAUUACAAUAUUUUCAAUAUGGCCCUUUUCUUCAUUACAUCUGUUCUACCAUGUCAUUUGUGCAAUAUGAGUCGUUCUAAUUGCAGCAAUAUAAAUUUGCCCCUGGAGGAGGGGGGAGUGGAAUUGGAUCAGGGAGUUAGGGUUGGGGGGUUGAAUUUGUCUAAAGCUUAAUUUAAUUGCCAAAAUUAGAAAUGAACAACGAAAAAUAAUGAAGCAAAAAUGAUAUCAUACAGUUUUGUCAAUACCGGGAGAAGCUGAAAAGCCUAUCUAUUUUUAAGCUAUUACAAGUUUACACAGUAAAUACAUUUAACUUCCCUCUCCCAGUAACCCUGUGUCUGAAAUCAAUGAAUCUAAGCCAUGUCUUAAAUCCCCCAAAAACCGGUUUUAAUUGACCGACGGCUUAAAUCUUGAAAAAUUCAAUACAAAUUUAAGUGGAACCAACCAUAUUUGAGCUGCGGCUUAUAUUUAAUCCGCGGCUCAAAUUCUUUAAAUUCGGCCUCAGGUUGCAGUUCUUGGCCGUUGUGUACAUGAAGUACCAUCAGACUUCAUGUGAGCAAAUGACUGAUAGAAUAAAUGGAAAAUAAAGAAUAAAUGUCUACAGAGAGAAGACUAUGGAACAAUUGUCGAAGUGCCUUCUCCUAAAAUAUAAAAUGUAUAAAUAUAAAAAUUCAAAUUCAGGAGAUCAGUUUAAUGGGACCUUAGAAGUAAUUUCAAAUUACCCUGUAAAAGCUUUGUCAAGAAUAAAGUUAUCCAUGUUUUUCUCUUUCAAAAUUAAUCAAUUGUGGUUUCUUAUCGCAUAUUUUCAUUCAGUUUUAACUUUAUAUAUUUAUAUUCCCAGUCCCUAAAGUAUAUUCCCAGUCCCUAAAGUAUAUUCCCAGUCCCUAAAGUAUAUUCCCAGUCCCUAAAGUAUAUUCCCAGUCCCUAAAGUAUAUUCCCAGUCCUUAAAGUAUAUUCCCAGUCCCUAAAGUAUAUUCCCAGUCCCUAAAGUAUAUUCCCAGUCCCUAUUGAAUUUGAAAGGAAUUGAGUCUUUGCCACAAACUUUGAUUUUCUAAACACUAUAUCUUUGGAACCAAAUGUUGAAGACC